AAUUACGAUCCUCUAAUAGUCUUUCGCAGGUGUUGCAUGAUGAUCUUUUGAAAAUGAUCUUUCUUUAUUUCUAUUUAGAAUAUUUCUCCUCUAUACGAACUCGAUAUUGAAUACAGGUAGAAGCAACGACUUCAAUUGAUUUUAGUUUCCAAGCAACGAAAAUCAUUGAUCCAUGAUCUCUAGCCGUAUAGUUCGAUUCGUUCAUACAAACAGUUUGCUAUGGCAAACCUCAAAUAAGUCGCUUCUAGCAAAACUAAGGAAGAAAACUGGAUAUACUUUUGCAAAUUGCAAAAAGGCAUUAGAAUUAAAUUCCAAUGAUAUUGCAAAGGCAGAAGUAUGGCUGAAAGAGCAAGCUCAGCAGCACGGAUGGAUUCAAGCAGCAAAACUCCAAGGUAGAUGUACUACUCAAGGUCUGAUCGCAGUGAUCGUAGAAAAAAAUUACGGUGCACUCGUAGAAAUAAACUGUGAAACAGAUUUUGUUGCGAGAAACAAAAAGUUUCAUGGUCUAGCAGAAAUUGUACUGGCAGCAACAUUGUGCCAUGCAAGGACAUUGAAUAGUAAUAACGAAGUCGAGAGAUUUUCAUUGGACACGGAUACUUUAAAAGCAUUACCUGCGAACGAUGGAAAGACUUUAGCCGAUCAUUCUGCCUUGACUAUAGGUACUAUCGGUGAAAAUAUAACUUUAAGGCGAGCUUUAUGUAUGCGAGUACAGGGUGAUGCAGUAGUAUUCGGAGGUACGCAUCCAGCUCCUAUGAAUCCUAUUCCUGUAUCUUUUGGAAGAUACGGAGCAUUAAUAGCCGUCAAAGGUAAAGAGGAUAAAAUGAUACUUGGAACUCAACUUUGUCAACACAUCAUUGGUAUGAAUCCAAUCAAAGUAGGAAAUAAUACAGUGGAUCAGCCAAACAUCGAUAUGGAUAAUGAAAUCUGUUUAAUAUAUCAGGAAUUUCUAUUGGAUCCUAGUCUUUCGGUACAACAAGUUCUAAGGGAUGCACAAGUAGAAGUCUUAGAUUUUGCAAGAUUCGAAAUAGGCGAAAAACUAAAUGGAAAUAAGUUGUUAGAUUCUGUCGAAGUUUGUGGUUAAUAUUAAAAUCGAAUGAUAAAAAGUAAA